CUCUUCAACCUUUAUGGCAUAACAGAAGUGUCUAGCUGGGCCACAUGCUAUGAAGUUCCAAAAUCCCUUCUUAAUUCUCAUGCACAAAGUGAUCCGCCAAUACCUUUGGGCAGGCAACUGUGUGGAACAAUAGUAGAAGUCCGAAAUGAGGAUAAUGGCAAGAUUGAAGAAGGGGAAGGGCAAGUUUUCCUAGGAGGGAGUCGGAGGGUUUGCUUUUUAGAUGAUGAAUAUGUUCUGCCCUGUGGGAUGAUGAGAAGUACUGGUGACUGGGUGAAGUUACAAGAUGGAAACAUGUACUACAUGGGACGCAGGGACAACCAGUUCAAGCGUCAUGGCAAGCUUAAUACGGAGUAUAUACAGCAGGUAGUAGAAGAACUUGAACCAGUGGAGGCAUGUGCAGUCAUGUGGUCUAAAGCUGAACAGCUUAUCCUCUUUAUUGUACCAAGAGGGUCUGUAGACAAGAAAACCCUAUGGAGAGCAGUGGAGUCAAAUCUUAUUAGUUAUGCAAUACCUGAUGACCUCAUUCUGAUAGACACACUACCUCUUACAAAACAUGGUAAAUUAGACUCUUCAUGUUUAAGUCUAUUGUAUGAUGAUCACGUGAGGGAAAAUAGGAGUAAA